UAAUAAUGGCUGGAAGCUUAAAAUAGAUGCAGGGAGGAGUACAUUAACAUGACAUACGAAGCAGUUCAGCGCCUCUGACAUUUCUCAUUUUGGAAAUUGCUUUGGUCCAUUUUUACUUGCUUCUAUUCAUUGGACCAGAAAAAAACAUACUUUCACUAACAUAUUCACCACAUCUGACGAUGAACUAAUUUAGACCGCCAAAAUAAUUGACAAGGACACAGGACUUCAACCUCAGUUCAGAAAAUCCCUGACAUCUGACGUAGGAGGAUUUAUAGGUUUAGUGGAAAUUGCUUUCUCCUGCUCUCCAGAUUACAUACUGUGGGUUGUUUUUUUUUUGCAUGAGUAAACAUCCUUCUAAUAAUGAACAGACCAAUAAUGUCUUAAGAGAGAAAAAAAACAGCCUUUUCCUUUUUGCUGUUUAUUGAGAGAACCGUUUGGAUUUGGAAACCCAUGUUGGCUGUCCAGAAUAUGAAAAUUGGCAUCUUCCUUUUGUGGUGGGCAUGGGUUUUGGUCACUGAAAGCAGAGUGCACUGGCGAGGAAGAGAAAUCCACGAGAUGUCUAAGAAAGGCAGAACCUAAGCUUCAUGAAAGCAAAGGUAGUGGCAUCUCAGAAUUUGACAAACUUCCCUUUAGUCAGUGUCUAGUUCUGUUUCAGGCUGGCCCAAAGCCAAAUAGGCCUCAAAGACAGAGCCGAGAAGCACAAAGAUGUCCAUAGCAAAGCAGCCCAAUUCUGAAACGAAGCCCAGACAUCACCAAAUCACCACUGACGAAGUCAGAGCAGCUUCUGAGGAUAGAUGACCAUGAUUUUAGCAUGAGGCCUGGCUUUGGAGGCCCGGCCAUUCCUGUUGGUGUGGAUGUGCAGGUGGAGAGUCUGGACAGUAUAUCAGAGGUCGACAUGGACUUCACGAUGACCCUCUACCUGAGGCACUACUGGAAGGAUGAGAGGCUGUCCUUCCCGAGCACCAACAACCUCAGCAUGACGUUUGACGGCCGGCUGGUGAAGAAGAUCUGGGUCCCCGACAUGUUUUUUGUGCACUCCAAGCGCUCCUUCAUCCACGACACCACCACGGACAACGUCAUGCUGCGGGUCCAGCCGGAUGGGAAAGUUCUCUACAGCCUUCGGGUUACCGUGACUGCAAUGUGCAACAUGGACUUCAGCCGGUUUCCUCUGGACACACAAACGUGCUCACUUGAAAUCGAGAGCUAUGCCUAUACGGAAGAUGACCUCAUGCUAUACUGGAAAAAAGGCAACGACUCCUUAAAGACAGAUGAGCGGAUCUCACUCUCCCAGUUCCUUAUUCAAGAAUUCCAUACAACCACGAAACUGGCCUACUACAGCAGCACAGGCUGGUACAACCGUCUGUACAUUAACUUCACGUUGCGUCGCCACAUCUUCUUCUUCUUGCUCCAAACCUAUUUCCCCGCCACCCUGAUGGUCAUGUUGUCCUGGGUGUCCUUCUGGAUCGACCGCAGAGCUGUGCCUGCCAGAGUCCCCUUAGGUAUCACCACGGUGCUGACCAUGUCCACCAUCAUCACGGGCGUGAACGCCUCCAUGCCCCGCGUCUCCUACAUCAAGGCCGUGGACAUCUACCUCUGGGUCAGCUUUGUGUUCGUGUUCCUCUCGGUGCUGGAGUACGCAGCCGUCAACUACCUGACGACGGUGCAGGAGCGGAAGGAAAGGAAGCUCCGGGAGAAGCUUCCCUGCACCUGUGGCUUACCUCAGCCACGCACUGUCAUGCUGGAUGGCAGCUACAGCGACGUGGAGGUGAAUGACCUGGGCAACUACAUGCCAGAGAAUGGAGAGAAGCCAGACAGGAUGAUGGUGCAGCUGGCCCUGGCCUCGGAAAGGAGCUCCCCCCAGAGGAAAAGUCAGAGGACCAGCUACGUGAGCAUGAGGAUCGACACCCACGCCAUUGAUAAAUAUUCCAGGAUCAUUUUUCCAGCAGCAUACAUUUUAUUCAAUUUAAUAUACUGGUCGAUUUUCUCAUAGAUGCCUGUAAUUUCAGAUUCUUUUGUGUGUACUACAGAAAUACCUGUAUGAUGAAAAGUAAGAUUAUGAUAAAAAAAAAAAUGUUCCCAGUACCCACCCUUGCCCAGCUUUCCAAAACUACAUUGACAAUUCCUGGUUU